UGGUAGAAGAGAUGAAAGCGUUGCACAUGCGCAGUGGCCUCAACUGCAGAAAGGUCAAAAGGUGGAGGAGUACCUGCCGUUUGCCUACGUCACACUAACGUCACUCAACACUGGGCUAUCAUUGGUUCAUAUCAAUUCAUCUCUUCUCCCACAGUGGCCAUAUUUGUUGAUGUGUCACAUCAAAGUGACUUGUUGGGGCGAUCAGCUGGGCGGACAGCAGGCUCAAAGUUCACCAUUACCCCGAUUAACGGCAAAUUGAAAUACACAUGGAUUUAUCGCAAUCGAUUUAAACCAGAGAGGGCCCAUGGAGCAACCUGGUCCUGCCUCAGAUGCGCACAUGAUGGAAGGAUCUGAGGCUGAAUCUAUUUCAGAGGGAUCACCCCCGCUGAAUCAGCUUCACAACAGCACAUCUAAUGUAGAACAGGAGGAGCAAAUCUCCGACAGCGGCGCAGAUGAGACAGAGAAGUGCAGUCAGGCAAAGGAUGAAGUGCAGCUUGACAGUGAAUUAAUCAAGACUACAACAGAUGUUCAGAUGGACACAAAGACGGAGCUAGAUGCUCAAACAUACAAUCAGGAACAGGUAGAGGGGAGUGAGCUGGCUGCUGAUAACGGUUGUGAUAGCAGUACAGUUUCCAUUGAAGAAGGAAAACCUCCUUUUAGUCUUUCAAAUGAGGCAGGUGGCGCUUCGGUAGCCCCAGUCACCACUUUUGAUGAUGUGGUAGAAAGCUCACCCGCUGUUCUUGAAGGAACAAUAGAAACCUUAUUGACUUUUGAUGAAGUGAAGGAUUCUGAUCCCACCGCUCAAAACAGCAACGAGCAGCCAUCAGUCUUGGUUACAAAUUGUUACACAGAGCCCCCACCUGCUGAUGACAGCGGAUUAGUUAAGAGCCUGUCAUCCUCCUCCGUCCAAAGGGCUUCCAAAAACUCACCCACCGACUCCACAACCACCUCCGGGAUCUCUAACGGCCCCUCCACUCCCAGUUCCGACACCGUCAGCUCCUCGCUCGCUUCCAGCCCUCAAACCAGUGCCAACACCUCAGCCCCCUCGCAUUCCUCAUCAAGCCCGUACGACACAGAUUGCAGCCGAAAGCUUAUUUCCCAGAUCCAGCGCUCGCUGUCGCAGGAGUCGCUGCUGGAUGAGCUAGAGUCGGAGCUGUUGGCGUGUCAGCUGCCUGAGGGUGAGAGCGAAGGCGAGAGGAAAGGCAACCCACCUGUCAAUGGACUCCCCGCAGACCAGGAGGGCUGCAUGGUGGUGUUCGAGAAGUGCGUCCAAUACAAGUACGCACAACAGGAAAAAGCUAUUCAGAGGUUGCUCGAGGAGAACAAGAGACAUCAGGAGCUGAUUCUGGGUAUCUGUUCAGAAAAAGACACCAUGAAGGAAGAGCUGAAAAAGAGGGCAGAGACAGAAAAGCAGCACAUGGCCACCAUUAAAAAGUUGGAGGGCAGGGUGGAGGAGCUGCUGAAAGAACUGAAGGAGUCUAGGGACAAACUGAUUCAUCAGGACCAGGCUGCUAAAGCUGCCCUCCAGCAGAUGCAGAAGGAAAUGACCUACCGACUUGAACAGGUCAACAAGAAGUGUGACGAGGCACGCCAAGAGAAGGAGGCUAUGGUGAUGAAAUACGUGCGGGGGGAGAAGGAGGCCCUCGACCUGAGGCGGGAUAAGGAGAGUUUGGAGAAGAGGCUGAGGGAGGCUACCAAGGAGGUGGACCGCCAGGCCCUCCGAGGGAACCAGCUGGCCCAGGAGAAAGGCCGGCUGCAGCAGCUUUAUGAUGCUAAGGAAGGGGAGGUCAGUAGGUUUACUCGAGAGGUGGAAAAGUUGAAGGAAGAGAUCAACUCGCAUCUUAUCAAGGUCAAAUGGGCUCAGAACAAGCUUAAGAGUGAGGCGGAUGCCCACAAGGAAACUAAAGACAAGCUGAGGGAGACCACGUCCAAAUUGGCCCAGGCCAAAGAAGAGACUGAGCAGAUCCGCAAGAACUGCCAGGACAUGAUCCGAACAUACCAGGAAUCGGAGGAGCUCAAGUCCAAUGAACUGGAUGCUAAACUGAGAGAGACCAAAGGAGAGCUGGAGAAACACAAGCAGGAACAAACAGACCAAUUAGAGGUCCACCGAGUAAAGGCCAAAGAGCUGGAGGACCUGAAGAGGAGUUACAAAGAGGGCAUGGAUGAGCUCAAUACUCUACGCACCAAGUUAAAGUGUCUGGAGGACGAGCGUCCACGCUGGGAGGACGAACUGUCAAAGUACAGAGAGAUCAUCAACAGGCAGAAAGCUGAGAUUGGUCGCCAGAGAGAAAAGCUGGAAGAGAUCACUGCACUCCAGGAUCAGCAAGAACGCGACAAACAAGAGAUCACAUCUCUUCGUGAGGAAGUGGACGGCUUGACCAACCAGAUGGCUGACCUCCACCGUGACGUACAAGGCAGCAGGGAGCGUGAGGCCGAGUUAUUGGGCUUCACUGAAAAACUGAGCAGCAAGAACGCUCAGCUCCAGUCGGAGAGCAACGCGCUGCAGUCUCAGCUGGAUCAGCUCUCCAGUAGCUUCACGGAGCUCCAAGCAAGGCUGGAGGAGACGAACAGGCUGCUAGAUGAUAAGUCACGACAGCUGAAACGGGAAGAAGUGCUGAGGCAGCAGGAGGUGCAGGGCCUGCAGGAGGAGCGGACAGCGCUGCAGACAGAAGUGGCCCAACUGAAAACGCGAGUAGAAGAGCUGAGAGAUGAGCUGGUGACUCAGAAAAGGAAACAAGCUGCCAACAUCAAGGACCUGACGAAACAGCUAACUCAGGCCCGUAAGAGACUGGAGCAGGUUGAGAAUGGAGGCUGCGAUCGGGAUGUCAGCAGUAUGGGGAGUCGGUCCAGUUCCUCAGGCUCCUUGAAUGCACGUCAUGGUGGGAGCAGUGGUGUUGAAGAGCGGUCACCAGAGAGCCAGUCAGGUCCUUCAGUGGUGGUUGUGGACAGCUUCCCAGAGGUCGACAAAGCUGUGCUAGUGGAGCGCAUCGUCCGUCUGCAGAAGGCCCUGGCUCGCAAGCAGGAAAAAAUUGAGUUCAUGGAGGAUCACAUCAAGCAGCUGGUGGAGGAGAUCCGUAAAAAGACCAAAAUUAUCCAGAGCUACGUGCUAAGAGAAGAAACAGGGGCCCUCUCAUCAGAGGCAUCAGACAUUAACAAAGCCCACCUGAGCCGGAGGGGAGGCAUCAUGGCUUCGCUUUACACCUCCCACCCGGCGGACAGCGGGCUGACCCUGGAUUUGUCACUGGAGAUCAACAGGAAGCUCCAGGCUGUGUUGGAGGACACACUGCUGAAGAACAUCACUCUCAAGGAGAAUCUGCAGACGCUGGGCGCAGAGAUCGAGAGGCUCAUAAAACAGCAGAGAGACCCCGGGGACGAAGUAAGGAGGAAGUGACACGACGCACGGCGCAGGAAAGAGGAAAUAAAGGACCAAGAACUAUUCGAGGGAUCUCCAACCCGCCAAUUUUUUGAAUCGGACAACAAAAAUGCGACACACACUCGCGAAUAUGAAGGAGCGAUAUAAAUGUGUCAGUAGCACCUAAGGUUGCUUUUUGGAGGAUCUCUUGAACUCCGUUUGGAGAAAGUGUCUCAUAUUAAUUGAACUGUCACUAUUCCAUCCACAUUGUGCCACCUUCUGUUUCCUCCUUUGACACAACAAAUCUUCCUCUGGCAAACGUCCGUCUCCCCUGAGCCAUGCCAAGAUAAACAUUUGUUGCUUCAAGCUUGAAACUCUGACUUGCCUUGUAAAUGAAUCCGAUUGAAGAUGCCAUAAUUCUGAAUGUAUAGCAAAUUCUGUCUGGGAAAUUAGAAAACAUGAUUUGCCAGUGAUUGUUCGCAUAAGAAAACGGAAAAAGGCGAAGAAUUUGUAUCUUCUGGUGCAUUUCUCUCCUCACGGCGACUCACAUCUCUGUCCACCGUAAAUAAACUGAGGUGAGGUGAUCAUCGCCCAGCAUGCUCUCUCGACUCCUCUCCCGACGUCCAUCUGCCAAUAAGCCAAAUGUAUUAUUGAAAGGCUGCUUCUUCAGCUUGACAUCAUUACACAGCACUCCAUUUGUGAAGCAAAAGUGGAGGAAAAAAAAACAAAAACCCCAACA